AUGGAAAAUGCGCACGCUAAACCGGCGAGUGAAGUUUUAGCUUUCUUUGGCGUGAAUGAAAACACCGGACUGACUCCGGAACAAGUCAAAGCGCAACUGGAGAAAUUCGGGCCGAACGAGCUCCCUGCUGAAGAAGGAAAGUCCCUGUGGGAACUGGUGUGGGAACAGUUUGAAAAUCUUCUAGUCCGGAUCCUGCUUCUUGCAGCCUGCGUCUCUUUUGUGUUGGCUUUAUUUGAGGAGGGUGAGGAGUCAGCCACCGCCUUUGUUGAGCCUGUCGUCAUCCUCCUUAUCCUCAUCGCUAAUGCCGUCAUUGGUGUCUGGCAGGAGCGAAAUGCUGAGAAUGCCAUUGAGGCGCUUAAAGAGUAUGAACCCGAAAUGGGAAAGGUGUACCGCAUGAACCGUAAGGCCGUGCAGAGAAUCAAAGCCAGGGACAUUGUUCCAGGGGAUGUAGUAGAAGUAGCAGUUGGUGACAAAGUUCCAGCAGACAUCAGGGUGACGUCUAUUAAAUCCACUACUUUGAGAGUGGACCAAUCUAUCCUGACAGGGGAGUCUGUGUCCAUCAUCAAACACACUGACCCAGUCCCUGACCCAAGAGCUGUCAAUCAAGACAAGAAGAACAUGUUGUUUUCUGGCACCAACAUCGCUGCCGGUAGGGCCACCGGCGUGGUGGUGGCGACCGGCGUGGCCACCGAAAUUGGCAAAAUUCGCAAUCAGAUGGCGUCAACGGAACAAGAUAAGACGCCGCUGCAGCAGAAGUUGGACGAGUUCGGCGAGCAGCUCUCCAAGGUUAUCUCCCUCAUCUGCGUGGCCGUGUGGGCGAUCAAUAUCGGCCACUUCGGGGAUCCCGUCCACGGCGGUUCCUGGGUGCGGGGAGCUAUCUAUUACUUUAAGAUAGCGGUGGCCUUGGCGGUGGCCGCCAUCCCCGAAGGGCUGCCCGCCGUCAUCACCACCUGCCUGGCCCUCGGGACCCGCCGUAUGGCCAAGAAGAACGCCAUCGUGCGCAGUCUGCCUUCAGUGGAGACCCUUGGCUGCACCUCUGUGAUCUGCUCUGACAAGACAGGGACCCUCACCACCAACCAAAUGUCUGUCUGCAGAAUGUUUGUGGUGGACGAAGUGAAGCAUUCAAGCUGCACCCUGCAUGAGUUCUUCAUUACAGGAUCCACCUAUGCACCUGAAGGGCAAAUAUUAAAAGGAGACCGGCCAGUCCAGUGUGGAGACUAUGAUGGACUUUUGGAGUUGGCCACCGUGUGUUCCAUGUGCAAUGACUCUUCAUUGGACUACAAUGAGGCCAAAGGUGUGUACGAGAAAGUGGGUGAAGCCACGGAAACUGCUCUUACAACCUUGGUGGAAAAGAUGAAUGUCUUCAAAACGGACCUUUCCGGACUCAGCAAGGUGGAGCGUGCCGGGGCCUGCAAUGCGGUGAUCAAGCAGCUAAUGAAGAAAGAGUUCACAUUGGAGUUCUCUCGUGACCGCAAGUCCAUGUCAGUCUACUGCACGCCAGUCAAGCCUGGCUCUCAGAGCAAGAUGUUUGUCAAGGGUGCACCAGAAAGCGUGAUUGAGCGCUGUCAGUACAUGCGCGUGGGAACUGCAAAGGUGGCGCUGACCCCCGCUUUGCGAGACCAGAUCUUAUCCAAGAUCCGUGACUGGGGGACUGGGAGAGACACUCUGCGCUGCCUGGCUUUGGCAACUCGUGACAACCCACCACGCAAAGAGGACAUGGAUUUGGAGAAUUCGAGCAAAUUUGUGGACUAUGAGCUGAGCCUCACGUUCAUUGGUUGCGUGGGCAUGCUGGACCCGCCUAGGAGGGAGGUCAUGGGCUCUGUGAAACUCUGCAAUGACGCAGGUAUUCGUGUGAUCAUGAUCACGGGCGACAACAAGGGCACAGCAGUAGCCAUCUGCCGGCGCAUCGGCAUCUUCGGCGAGGAGGAGGACGUGGCGGGAAAGGCCUACACUGGCCGCGAGUUCGAUGAUCUUUCCCUGGAAGCCCAGAGAGAGGCUGUGAAACAUGCGCGAUGCUUUGCGCGUGUGGAGCCGGCUCACAAGUCGAAAAUUGUCGGAUACCUGCAGUCCUUUGAGGAGAUCACUGCUAUGACUGGAGAUGGUGUAAACGACGCCCCUGCCUUAAAGAAAGCCGAGAUCGGCAUCGCCAUGGGCUCGGGCACCGCUGUGGCCAAAUCAGCCUCUGAGAUGGUCCUUUCUGAUGAUAACUUCUCCACUAUUGUGUCUGCCGUCGAGGAGGGCAGAGCCAUCUACAACAACAUGAAGCAGUUCAUCAGAUACCUUAUCUCCUCCAACGUGGGCGAAGUUGUGUGCAUCUUCCUGACAGCCAUUCUGGGUCUCCCCGAAGCUCUGAUACCAGUCCAGUUGUUGUGGGUCAAUCUGGUGACUGACGGUCUGCCUGCCACCGCCCUGGGUUUUAAUCCCCCUGACCUGGACAUCAUGGACAAACCGCCACGUAAUCCCAAAGAACCUCUUAUAUCAGGAUGGCUUUUCUUCCGCUACCUGGCUAUUGGAGGCUACGUAGGACUUGGGACAGUGAGCGCAGCCACAUGGUGGUAUCUGUUUGAUGAACAAGGGCCGCAAGUGUCUUUUUAUCAGCUGAGACACUUUAUGCAGUGCACUGAGGAUAACCCAGUGUUUCAGGGAAUAGACUGUGAGGUGUUUGAAUCCCGCUACCCCACCACCAUGGCCCUAUCAGUGCUUGUCACGAUCGAAAUGUUCAACGCGCUCAACAGUUUGUCUGAGAACCAGUCCCUUCUCAGAAUGCCUCCCUGGGUCAAUAUUUGGUUACUGGGAGCCAUUGUACUUUCUCUCUCCCUCCACUUCUUCGUCCUUUAUGUUGAACCCAUGCCACUGAUCUUCCAGGUGACCCCUCUACGAUGGUCUCAGUGGACCGUGGUCCUGAAAAUUUCAUUUCCUGUCAUCCUCCUAGACGAGGCUCUAAAAUAUAUUUCCAGGCAUCACCUUGAAGGUGAUGACGACACAAAGUACCGUCGGAGAUGGCAGCAGAAUUAA